UGGGUAUUGGCCGUUGGGGUCCCUGGUUUUUCCAUCUCCUGGUGCAGGGCAGGGCAAGGGCUGCCACUUCGUAAAAGUCAUUGUCAAAGGUUUUGUCGCUUUUCCUAUAGUCGCUUUCCAACACUUCAAAACUUCAGACACGCAAUUAUAGUACUCUGUUUUUCCUUUUCCUAUAAAUUAGCCACUUUCUUCUUUCUUCCAACAGGUCAUCACCAAUUUCCCUUCUUUCUUUAUCAUUUGCAAACACCAGAAAGUUCACUUGCAAAGCAAAUAACAGUUUUUUUUCUUUUUCUUCUUAUUAUUUUUUUUGUUGUUGAAAUUUGAUCAUGGCUAAUCCCAAGUUAGGCCGAAUCCCUAGCAUGAGAGAGCGCGUAGAAGAUACUCUCUCUGCUCACCGAAAUGAACUUGUUUCUCUUCUCUGCAGGUAUGUGGAUCAAGGGAAAGGAAUUUUGCAGCCACACACUUUGAUCGAUGAACUGGAUAGUGUUGUGGGCGAGGACGGAACAAGGCUGGGGCUAAGAGAUGGUCCCUUUGGCGAAGCACUUAAAUCUGCUCAAGAAGCUAUAGUUGUCCCUCCUUUUGUGGCAAUAGCCAUUCGUCCAAGGCCUGGUGUCUGGGAAUAUGUCCGCGUCAAUGUCUUUCAACUUAGUGUGGAGCAAUUGAGUGUUUCUGAAUAUCUUCGCUUCAAAGAAGAACUUGUAGACGGGCCGUCCAAUGAUCCCUAUGUACUUGAACUUGAUUUUGAGCCAUUCAAUGCUGAUGUUCCUCGCCCCAACCGGUCUUCAUCGAUUGGCAAUGGUGUUCAAUUCCUCAAUCGCCAUCUCUCUUCAAUCAUGUUUAGGAACAAGGACUGUCUGGAGCCUUUAAAUAAUUUCCUUCGAGCACAUAAAUAUAAAGGGCAUCCCUUGAUGUUGAAUGAUAGGAUACAGAGCAUAUCAAGACUUCAAUCUGCCCUUGUUAAGGCAGAAGAAUAUAUUUCUAAGCUUCCACCUGAUGCACCAUAUUCUGAGUUUGAGUAUGCAUUACAAGGAUUGGGUUUUGAGAGAGGUUGGGGCAAUACUGCAGCGCGUGUACUGGAGACAAUGCAUCUUCUCUUGGACAUCUUGCAAGCUCCUGAUCCGUCAACUUUAGAAACCUUCCUUGGGAGAAUACCGAUGGUGUUUAAUGUUGUUAUUUUGUCUCCACAUGGAUACUUUGGGCAAGCAAAUGUUCUAGGUUUGCCUGACACUGGUGGGCAGGUUGUUUAUAUACUAGAUCAAGUACGUGCCCUAGAGAGUGAAAUGCUUCUUAGAAUACAGAAACAAGGCCUGGAUUUCAAGCCUAGGAUACUUAUUGUGACCAGAUUAAUACCUGAUGCAAAAGGAACUUCAUGCAACCAGAGGUUGGAAAGAGUCAGUGGAACAGAAUACACGCAUAUUCUGAGAGUUCCUUUCAGAUCAGAGAAAGGAAUUCUUCGAAAAUGGAUCUCAAGAUUUGAUGUGUGGCCUUAUCUGGAGAACUUUGCUGAGGAUGUGGCAAGUGAAAUUGUAGCCGAGUUACAGGCCGUUCCUGAUUUUAUAAUAGGGAACUACAGUGAUGGGAAUCUUGUUGCAUCUUUAUUGGCCUAUAAAAUGGGUGUUACACAGUGUACCAUCGCGCAUGCCUUGGAGAAAACAAAAUAUCCAGAUUCAGAUAUAUAUUGGAAAAAAUUUGAUGAUAAAUAUCACUUCUCUUGUCAAUUCACUGCUGACAUAUUAGCCAUGAACAAUGCAGAUUUUAUAAUCACUAGUACUUACCAAGAAAUUGCAGGAACGAAGAAUACUGUUGGUCAGUAUGAAAGUCACACUGCUUUCACUCUCCCCGGAUUAUAUCGAGUUGUUCAUGGAAUUGAUGUCUUUGAUCCCAAGUUCAAUAUUGUCUCUCCUGGGGCAGAUAUGUCCAUCUACUUCCCAUAUUCUGAAAAGCAAAAAAGGCUUACAGCCCUACAUGGUUCCAUAGAGAAGAUGUUGUAUGAUCCUGGGCAGACUGAUGAGUGGAUAGGUACACUGAAAGAUAAGUCAAAGCCGUUAAUUUUUUCGAUGGCUAGGCUGGAUCGGGUAAAAAACAUGACUGGGUUGGUAGAGAUGUAUGGUAAGAAUACCAAACUGAGGGAGCUGGCGAACCUUGUUGUGGUAGCUGGUUACAUUGAUGUGAACAAGUCCAAAGACAGGGAAGAAAUUGCUGAAAUUGAGAAGAUGCAUGAACUUGUGAAAAAGUACAACUUGGAUGGGCAAUUUCGAUGGAUAACAGCCCAAACGAAUCGAGCACGUAAUGGUGAACUCUAUCGUUACAUAGCUGACACAAAAGGAGUUUUUGUGCAGCCUGCAUUUUAUGAAGCUUUUGGGCUGACUGUUGUGGAGGCCAUGACUUGUGGCCUCCCAACAUUCGCCACUUGCCAUGGUGGUCCUGCCGAGAUUAUUGAGCAUGGUAUAUCGGGAUUCCACAUUGAUCCAUAUCACCCUGAUCAGGCUGCUGCACUUUUGGCAGAUUUCUUUCAGAAGUGCAAGGAAGAUCCAAUCCAUUGGAAUAAAAUCUCUGAUGGAGGGCUGCAGAGGAUUUAUGAAAGGUACACGUGGAAGAUUUAUUCUGAGAGGCUAUUGACAUUGGCUGGGGUUUAUAGUUUCUGGAAGUAUGUUUCCAAGCUUGACAGGCUUGAGACCCGAAGAUAUCUUGAGAUGUUCUACAUUCUGAAGUUCCGAGAUUUGACAAAAACCGUUCCUUUGGCAAUUGAUGACCAACAUUAAGCUGCAGAAUCGCUGAUCCAACUGUUUAUCCUAUGAAGUAUGAACCAGAGGCAGCAACUUCACACUCAAUGGCAGUAGUACGUAAAUAAAUGUCCAUUGUUGUGCCUGUCAUCUAUACACGAAAAUCUAUGCAUGAAGCUUUCUCAAGCAAAGCAGAACCUUUGGAGGAAAAUAACGCAUCCUUGCUUUCAUAACUAAAUUUAGCUGCUUUAUUCAAGUUGGAGAGCAACUUGAGCUUUCUUAUAUAAGGUGUAACAUGCUAUUGUGCUAUGCAACAGGUACAUUGUCCAUGUUAUCUGCAAUGAGCUUUCUUGUUUGAAGUGCAUAAAUUUAAAAGCUAAUAUGAGAAAUAAAAGCUGUCACCAUAUUAUAACGAUGGGAA